AUGGUGGAAGUGGAGCAGAAGCAGCAGCGGACCUUCCGCGGGCUCCCCUGCCGCGCGUGGGUCUCCACCCUGGGUCCUGCGAGCGGCUCAUCAGCGCCCGAGGCCGCGCGGCCCAACCCGGGCCUCGGGAGGAAGCAGCACAGCCGCCCAGCGCCUGCGCGCCCGGAGGCAACGCCCACGGAGGGCCCAGGUGAUGAGGACGCACCUGUGGGACUUGACCGUCCUGCCGGAGAUGGUGGCAUCUACAAUGGCAAGACCUUCAAUCAGGUGGAAAUCACGCCUUGA